AGCAUUUCUAUGAGCUUUCUGGCAUCUCCGGCCUGCAAUAUAUACGACAAUUUAACCUCAACUGAAACCUACGUAAACACACAGCAGAGGAAACAAUAAUCAUUUUGGGCUAUGAAUCGAUAGGCGGAAUAUACCUUACAUGCGCACGGUGUUUUCUGAGUUUUCCUUCUUAUUUGAACGAUCCUUUCAAAACAAAGCAAACCGAUAUUCAAUAUCAGAGCUUGAGUUUCUCGUAACGAGAUAGCUUUCACUCUGCAACUCGGUCAUAGCAGCUUUCGCAGCUUCCUACAUUUGACCAACAGUCGAUUCCAUUCCUUUGCGAUUCCGAAAACGACCUCUGUAUCGCUUCGGACCUUUUUCGACGUGUUAGGGGGGGACAUAACCUUGCGUUUUUUCCACAAACUGCUCCGUGUCUCGAACGCUAGCAUCCGACCGCGCAAACGUCCUGUUUGUUCACUUUGGAACCGUUGCGCAUUCGGAGCAGGUAUCGAGAAUUUUACCUACAUCCUCCGGCAACGAACCUACCCUUUUGUCCAUUUGAACUGGCUCCGCUAACACCUCGCAGCAAUGGGGAUCGCUUGUUGCAAGGAGGAAGAAAUAGACUUUACUCAAGAAGUGGAGUUGAAUCACUUUCACCUGCUAAGAUCUGUCGGGAAGGGUGCCUUUGGCAAGGUCCGCGUCGUUCAACACAAGGGAACUCAACAAAUUUAUGCCCUAAAAUAUAUCAACAAAGCAAAAUGCAUAAAGAUGCGUGCGGUCGAAAACAUUAUUCAGGAGCGACGGCUACUAGAAGAAGUCGAAUGCCCAUUCGUUUGUAAUUUACGAUACGCAUUUCAAGACGACGAGAACCUCUUUAUGGUCAUUGACCUGAUGUUGGGAGGAGACCUUCGGUUCCACCUGGACCGUAUGGGAAUGAUGAAGGAGGAUAUGAUCCGGUUCUAUACUGCAGAGGUGGCAUGCGGAUUAGCGUACCUACAUGGUAGAAGAAUCGUGCACAGGGAUUUAAAGCCAGACAAUGUACUUCUCGACGAAAAAGGACACGCACAUUUGACUGACUUUAAUAUUGCCGUACACUAUCGUGAAGAGAAGCCUUUGACGGCUGUAGCGGGGAGUAUGGCAUACAUGGCGCCAGAGAUUCUGGCAAAAAAAGGUUACUUUUCUUCUGUUGACUGGUGGAGUCUCGGUGUGAUGGCCUACGAGCUGGCCUUUGGAAAGCGACCAUUCCGAGCAAAGACCAACGAAGCCUUACAGCAGUCCAUUUUGCAUGAUGACCUCGAGUUUCCUUCCAACACGUCGGACCUUGUCAGCUCUGAAUGCGUUGAUUGUAUCAAACUGCUUUUGACCCGUGACAUCACAAAAAGAUUGGGCACCAAAGAGUCUGGUGGUCUAGACCGAUUCCGGGCGCAUCCGUGGUUCAAAGGGUACGAUUGGGAAAUUAUUGGAAAAAAGGAGGGAAAUCCGCCGUUUACCCCAGAUUCCAAACGUGCCAACUUUGACGCAACACAUGAAUUGGAGGAACUGUUACUAGAGGACAAUCCACUCAAAGCCAAGCCCCGCAAGAAGAAGAAGGAAGGCGAAGAAGACAAACCAAAAGAAGGCGAAGACCCAGCGAUAACAAAAGAAAUGCGAAUAAUGGAAGAUAAAUUCACCGUAUACGACUACACCAAAACCCGCAAAGGCCUUGGAUCCCUUCAAGGCAAUCAACCCGGCUCCCAGUCCAGCAUGACUGCCGUCCAAAAGAUACCGAAUGCAGCCCCGUGCACUACAGGCAGAGCUGACCGACAAGACUAUUCAAUUCACAAGGAUGUGAUGGAGGGUCGGGAUGCGGAAGUGAAUAUGACGGGUGUGGCGUCGAUGGAGAGUUCGCCAAACAAGUCGCGGAGGGAGAGUGAGAAACCUCAAUUGGAUCCUCCCCCUGUUCCGUCACCAAUAAUGGAGAGACCGUAGAAUGAAAGCUAAUCAUACUUUUUUGGUGGGAAGGAAAUAGUUUUUUGGAAAGCUGUUGUGUCUUUCUCCUCUCUGCUGUGUUUUUUUGGAGGCAAGGCGGAUGGAGGGAAGGAGGGAAGGGAGCGAGAAAGAGAAACGGCACAUGUAGGUUGUUGCCAGUUCCCGCCGGAACCUCGUCGACUUGUUUAUUUCCCGCCCUUUAUUGUUGUGUUCUUCUUCUGUGUUUCUUUUUGGGGUGGGAGAGGGAAAGUGUUUGGCUUUUUUUUUUGGGUUAGCCGGUACUGUUUUUUUGCAUGUGAUAUCACACAUGGUUACCCCGAUUAGCGGCAUCUUGACUGUAGCAAUCCACUUCAGACCUUUGAAAGAAAGGUUUUAAUCGAUGUUAAAAGUAUUUGCGUGUGUGAACCGACAGUCCCUCUCAAGUAUUUGUGCUAAUUCACAAAACCAAUUCAUUAAGUUUCAC